AUGUUAAAGCAUACCUCACUGUGGCUGCUAGUGCUGCUGCUCGAAAUUAACGGUUCGGAUAUUCUAAAUGAUGCACACAUUUACCGAUCGUUUGCAUCGAAUGAGGUCGUACCGGAUCUAGUUGAUGAGGCUCCGGACUGUUGGUUACGGAUCGCAUUCAAGAGUGGGCGCGAAGUUGAAGGUGGAAACAGAUUAACUCCCACCCAAACAAAGAGCAUUCCGGCCUUGACUUUCAACACGAACGAUCGCUCUUUUUACACCCUGAUAAUGACCGAUCCGGACGCACCUAGCCGAGAUGACCCUAGGCACCGCGAGUUUGUUCAUUGGAUCGUUGGCAAUAUCCAGGGGAACGAUAUGGAUCGGGCAGAAACGCUUGUGGAUUACAUUGGAGCUGCACCUUCGAAAGGAACUGGUCUUCAUCGGUAUGUGUUUCUGCUGUACGAGCAUCCGGGCCGACUGAAUUUCACCAACGAGAUUAAACUUUCGAGCCGUUGUCGGAAUCCGAGGCGAUAUUUCUCCACCCGGAAUUUUGCGCGCAUAUAUGGUCUCACGAACCUUUGGGCUGGAAACUUUUUUCAGGCACAGUAUGACGAUUACGUGCCUGUGCUGCAGGGACAGCUGUCCGAAUGUACGCAAAUCGACCAGAAUGGGCCGAGGAAUGGAACCGCGUUCGGCGGUUUUUGAACGGAUCGUCUAACACGAAAUAACAGUGUAGGGGAACAUGGGGAGGCUUGACCAAGCGCAAAAUUCUAUUUUUGGCUAUGACGUCUUCUAUUCGAUUCUUAAUUUUUUUUCAAAAAUAUUUUUGUACUUGUUUCGAUCCCUUAAGGUAAUUUUGAAAGUUUGGUGUAAAAAAUCCUUUCCUUGCAGAAAAUAUUACGUGAUUAAUAAACUUGCAUUAAAUGAUGUAAUUUGUUAUCAAACUUUGUAUGGACAUAUCUACUCGACUACUAAUUACUAUUAAAGGACUAAUAUACCAUCUUAAUCCUUGUGAAGCAGUGAAAUGAUUUUACAUAAACUGGAACAUUGGAAUAUUUAUUACUAGAAUUCGCAUGAAAUUGAACGCAAUAAGUAAUGUUGGGGAGAC